AUGCGAGAGACCGUCCAGGCGACCGUCGAGCAACGCAUCGCGGCAAAGAGGAUGGAGGAGGCUGUCAAGAAUGCGAUGGAUGCAGAAGCGUUGGCUUCUCUGGGUCUGGAUCCUGCGACAGUGGCCAUGUUCCAAGAAAUUCUACAGGAUGCCGCUGAGUACAAGACCCUCGACCACAUGACCUUCGCGCAGAACCUUUUGCAAGCCGUGCUCGGCAAGGAUGCCGAAACACAAGACCUUGCAUAUUUUGAACUUCAAGACAGCCUGCUGGAUGCAUCGCAGGAGGGUGCGGGAGACGAGGAGAGAGAACAACGAUUGGAGUCCCUCAUGUGGACCAUCCUGACGAAAGUCGACGAGCUGAAGGAAAGCAUCACAAGAGCCCGCGACAACGGCCUCGAGAUCACCUUGCCGACAGAAGGCCUCAUUCGCGACGACUUCGACCUGCAAAAGCAGAGGAGUCAAGAAGACCAGCCAUUCCAGGAGCAUGCGACUGCACAAUCGACCGCAGACAUCCCAGAGGAUCGCUUGAAUGCGGCCGGCCUCCAAGACGAGAUAGAACUCCCGCCAGGGCCCCGCGUUCCCCAAUCAAAAGAAGGGGAGCUGCUGGAAACGCCUGUGGCGGAGAGUGUCGCAACUGAGCUUGGACACAGCGAGUCGAACCUCGAGGCUGAUGAGGAGCUUCCGAGCCAGGAGCCGCUGGAAGAGCUUUCCCGUCACGCGGAGCCUUCUUCGGAGCUGGAGCUGGGCUUCGCGCGUAAAGCGAGAGGCCCUGUCGGCCCUCACAGCACGGAGUCGGCCCGAGCAAUACCAAGACGCCAGUUCCGGGAGCCAGCGGCACGAGAGCGCCAGGCGGCCACCGAGAAGGCCCUCCCGGUGAUGGCAAAGGCACAGUUCUUGUUCAGAUCUGGACUCCGUAACCUUCCGAAUGCAAGUUUACCGUUGAUCGGAUACAGUAAAUCACCGACUCAACGAACGAGCCGAAGAAUGACAGGCCCCGAUUAA